AUGAUAAAAGCUGAUAUUUUACAAAGCUUCUCUACAAAUAACACCAAAUUAAGAGAUUCAUUAGCUGAUUAUUCAAAUGGUAUAAUUAAUGAUAAAUUUCAAAAUGAUUUAAAUUUAACAACAAAGCAACAAUCACAAAUUAAUACCAAAAUUGAACAUGAUAAUGAUGACAACAACAACGAGAAUAAUGAUAAUGAUCAUGAUGAUAAUAUUUCACAAUUAAGGAAGAGAUUAUUAAAAGGUCAAACGAACUCUCAAAACUCAGAACUAAAUUUUGAUCAAUCUUUACAAAUUGAAGAAUCAAAACAAGAAGAUAUCCUAAAAGAUAUGUUUCAAUUUAUUAAUAGUAUUAAAGAAGGUGCACAUGCUUUUAAUGAUAAAUUAAAUCAAGAUUCAAAUGUUUUAAAAGCUGCAGAGACUGGAUUAGAUGUUACAAGUAAAAAAUUAAUAAAUUCUAAGAAAAAUUUAUCUAAAACUAUAAAUUCAUUAGGUUUAAUUGAUGCUUUAAAAAUAUUUGUCAUUGUGAUAUUAUUGUUCUUGUUGAGUUUGAUUAUUAUUAAAAUAUUUCCAAAAUGGUGA